AUGGCAUCAUGUUCUAACAGAGGUAUCUACAUCGAGGAAGAGCGACACGUGAGAGCCAAUGACAGGGACUACAAUGAAAAGUUCCCAUAUGCUGACAAUCGCAUCAAAACCUGCAAGUACAAUGUCUUCACCUUCCUGCCCAUCAAUCUGUUCGAGCAGUUCCAGAGAGCUGCUAAUGCAUACUUCCUAGUGCUGCUCAUACUACAGUUAAUCCCUGAGAUCUCCUCCCUGUCCUGGGUCACUACCACCGUGCCCCUAGUCAUGGUGCUGGUGAUCACUGCAGUUAAAGACGCCACUGACGACUAUUUCAGGUAUAAAAGCGAUCAGCAGGUCAACAAUCGUCAGUCUCAGGUACUCAGGGGAAAUCUACAGAAUGAGAAGUGGAUGAAUGUACGCGUGGGAGAUAUCAUUAAACUGGAAAACAAUCACUUUGUGACAGCUGACAUUCUGCUGCUAUCCAGUAGUGAACCAUAUGGACUGUGUUACAUAGAAACGGCUGAGCUAGACGGGGAGACCAAUCUGAAGGUUCGCCAGGCUUUGACUGUGACCUCGGACUUGGGAGCAGACAUAGCAAAGCUGGCUGACUUCAAUGGAGAAGUUAUCUGUGAGCCUCCCAACAACAAGCUGGACAAGUUCACAGGUACUCUGUACUGGAGAGAUAACAAGUACCCUCUGGAUAACGAAAAGAUGUUGCUGAGAGGCUGUGUGCUCCGGAACACGGACUGGUGCUUCGGAAUGGUCGUCUUCGCUGGGCUGCAAACCAAACUGAUGCAGAACUGUGGGAGGACUAAAUUCAAAAGGACCAGCAUUGAUAAACUGAUGAACACUUUAGUUUUAUGGAUAUUUGGCUUCCUAGUCUGCAUGGGUGUGAUCCUGGCUAUUGGCAACACCAUCUGGGAGCAGACGGUUGGGAGGAGCUUCAGUGUCUAUCUCCUGUGGCAUGAACCAAUCAGAAACAACAAUGUGGUGUUCUCUGGGUUCCUCACCUUCUGGUCUUACAUCAUCAUCCUCAACACAAUGGUGCCCAUCUCUCUCUACGUCAGUGUGGAGGUUAUUCGUCUGGGCCACAGUUACUUUAUUAACUGGGACAGGAAGAUGUAUUACAUCCAGAAGGACACUCCAGCUGAGGCCAGAACCACCACGCUCAACGAGGAGCUGGGCCAGGUGGAGUUUAUCUUCUCAGACAAGACAGGAACUCUCACACAGAACAUCAUGGUCUUCAACAAAUGCUCCAUCAACGGGAAGAGCUACGGUGAUGUUUAUGAUGAAUUCGGCCAUAAAGUGGAAAUUACAGAGAGAACGGCCUGUGUAGAUUUCUCCUUCAACCCUCUGAGUGACAGGAAGUUUAAGUUUCACGACAGUAGCCUGGUGGAGGCCAUCAAGAUGGAGGAGCCAUCCGUGCAGGAGUUCUUCAGACUGCUGGCUCUGUGUCAUACUGUCAUGCCUGAGGAGAAGAAUGAAGGGGAUCUGGUGUACAUGGCCCAGUCGCCUGACGAGGGAGCCCUGGUCACGGCCGCACGGAACUUUGGCUUUGUGUUUCGUUCCAGAACCCCGGAGACCGUCACGCUGUACGAGAUGGGGACAGCCGUCAACUACCAGCUCCUGGCCAUCCUCGACUUCAACAACGUGCGCAAGAGAAUGAGUGUCAUUGUGAGGAACCCAGCGGGCCACAUCAAGCUGUACUGUAAAGGAGCUGACACCAUCAUCUUCGACAGACUGGACCCGUCCAACCAAGUUCUCAUGGACACUACCUCAGAGCAUCUUUACGAGUUUGCUGGUGAAGGCUUGCGAACACUGGCCCUGGCCUACAAAGACCUAGAUGAGAAUGUAUUAGAGGAAUGGAUGAAGAGGCUUCUGUAUGCCAGCACUGUGAUAGAGAACAGAGAGGAGGGACUGGCUGAUCUCUAUGAGGAAAUAGAGACAGGCCUGAUGCUCCUAGGAGCCACAGCAGUAGAAGACAAACUGCAAGAGGGGGUUCCUGAAACAAUCGCCUGUUUGACCCUGGCCAACAUCAAGAUCUGGGUUCUCACUGGGGAUAAGUUAGAGACGGCGAUGAACAUCGGCUACUCCUGCAACAUGCUGAGAGACGAUAUGAACGAAGUGUUUAUCAUAUCAGGACAUUCUGUCUUAGAGGUGCAGCAGCAACUCAGGAGUGCUAAGGAGCACAUCCUGGGCCCGGGAAGAGUCAGCAGUACUGUAGAUGUGGAGAAGACAGAUGAGUUCUCAGACGAUUCUGUAUUUGAAGAAACCAUCAUAGCAGAGUAUGCCUUAAUCAUCAAUGGACACAGUCUGGCCCAUGCCCUGGAGCCUGAGCUGGAGCAGGUCCUUCUGGAGACAGCCUGUCUGUGUAAGACAGUGAUCUGCUGUAGGGUGACUCCCAUGCAGAAGGCCCAGGUGGUGGAGCUGGUCAAGACGAACAAGACGGCUGUGACUCUGGCCAUAGGAGACGGCGCCAAUGACGUCAGCAUGAUCAAGACGGCUCAUAUAGGUGUAGGUAUAUCAGGUCAGGAGGGCAUGCAGGCUGUGCUAGCCUCUGACUACUCCUUUGCCCAGUUCCGCUAUCUGCAGCGUCUCCUGCUGGUCCACGGCCGCUGGUCCUAUUUCCGCAUGUGCAACUUCCUGUUCUACUUCUUCUACAAGAACUUUGCAUUCACCCUGGUGCACUUCUGGUUCGGCUUCUUCUGUGGUUUCUCAGCUCAGACGGUUUAUGACCAGUGGUUUAUCACUCUCUUCAAUAUAGUCUACACAUCCCUGCCAGUUCUGGCCAUGGGGCUUUUCGAUCAGGAUGUGAACGAAGCCAACAGCCACCGCUACCCUAGCCUGUACCGUCCAGGACAGCUCAAUCUCCUGUUCAAUAAGAGACAGUUCUUCCUGUGUACGCUGCAGGGGAUGGGCACCUCCUUCCUCCUCUUCUUCAUCCCCUACGGAGCCUUCUGCCUCGUCGUCAGGGACGACGGAUCACACAUCUCAGACCAGCAGGCUUUCGCCGUCAUCAUAUCAACAUCCUUGGUCAUAGUGGUGAGCGUUCAGAUUGGCCUGGACACCUACUAUUGGACAACUGUGAAUCACGUAUUUGUGUGGGGUAGCCUGGCUGUCUACUUUGCGAUUCUAUUCGCUAUGCACAGUGACGGCCUCUUCGGCAUACUCCCCAGCCAUUUUCCUUUCAUUGGCACAGCCCGUAACUGCCUGACUCAGAAGAGUGUGUGGCUGGUUAUAAUGCUGACCACCGUGGCGUGUGUCAUGCCAGGGUUGGCAGUCCGCUUUCUGAAGACAGACCUUUACCCCACUCUGACAGACAAGGUGCGGUGCCUGCAGCAGGCCAGCAGAAAGCUGGGACCUAAGGAGCAAAACCUGAGACGUGUUCGGAGGACGAGCUCCCGACGCUCAGCCUACGCCUUCUCCCACCAAGAGGGUUAUGGAGAGCUAAUAACCUCAGGGAAGAACAUGAAGGGUCCACAACAGCAGAAGUUUGAUAGAGGGCAUGUCGAAGAGGAAGGGGGAAACACCGGUAGCCUGUGUCUCUGCUGA